UGGCCUCCUGACCCAGACAGAGCCAGGCGCGAGGCACCCAGAGGCCGAGCCUGGGUCGCACCGCCCCCAGCCUCGGGGCAGAGAGCCAAGAGUUCAAGGCCUCUCUGAUCCGGAUAUGAUGAAAAGGCGCCACAGAGCGAGAAGUGUUUCUGGAGUGCAGGAGUGGUGGAAGGGGGAAAGAGAGGCAAAGGGGAAGAGUCCCCUCGGAGGGGAACCGGCCGGGAUGAGCUGACUGUAAAGAGGGGGCGGAGAGCACGGAGUCAGAGGAGCGGCUGCUGCCGUUGCCGCCACUGAGGUGUCUGCUGAGCGGGACGGAGGCUGGGAGGGACACCCAGAGGCGGCUGCCUGCCGUCAAGCCACCGCGACCUGCGGCCCCUGCCGGAGCCUCGCUAACUUUCCGAGGCGGAAGAGGAGGAGGAGGAGGAGGAAAGGGCUUUGAGUGUGUUGGGGGGAUGCCGAGAAGCAUUCAGUUCCCAGCACCCAACACCUCCCAGCCCCUGGUGCAUCGACCCCGAAAGGCGGCGAGCUAGGCGAAGGCGCGGCGAGGGCUCAGUGGAGCGGCCCAUGUCCGGCGCGGGCGAAGCCCUGGCUCCCGGGCCCCAGCGCGGGGCUGAGGCUGGCGGUGGCCGGCUGGGCGCCCCAGCCCAGGAAAAAUGUGAUAAAGAAAAUACUGAGAGAGAGAUAACUCAAGCUCCCGAUAGCUGCUUCACACAUGGAGAGAUGCAGGACCAGCCCAUGUGGGGAAAUUGUUCGGAUGAUGAACUCAUCAGAACCCAACCUCAGCGCUUGCCUCAGCUUCAAACUGCAGUGCAGGAAAGUGAGGAGGAAAUAAGCAAGAUAAAGAACGGCCACCCAAGUCUGAGCAAUGGCAAUGGAAUCCACCAUGGGGCCAAACACGUAUCUGCAGAGAAUCGAAGACUCUCAGCACCCGUUUCUCAAAAAAUGCAUAGAAAAAUUCACUCCAGCUUGUCUGUAAACAGUGACAUCGGUAAGAAGAGUAAAGUAAAUGCUGUCUUUUCCCAAAAGACAGGCUCUUCACCUGAAGACUGCUGUGUCCACUGUAUCCUGGCCUGCCUGUUCUGUGAAUUUCUGACCCUCUGCAAUAUUGUCCUGGGACAAGCUUCGUGUGGCAUCUGCACCUCAGAAGCCUGCUGCUGUUGCUGUGGAGAUGAAAUGGGAGAUGACUGUAACUGCCCUUGUGACAUGGAUUGUGGCAUCAUGGAUGCCUGUUGUGAAUCAUCGGACUGCCUGGAAAUCUGUAUGGAGUGCUGUGGAAUUUGUUUUCCUUCAUAAAUAUUUAUCUUCUGUUUGCGUUAAAACUGGAGAGUAUUUUAAGUUUUUUCUUUUGAGGUAAAAGAAAAGCAUGUGGUAAAAUUCUCAUCAAACAACCCAGUACUUGCACUGUUAACUCAUUAUUUUAGGUAAUCUCUGAAAGCCUGUUUUCCUCCCUCUAACCAAAUCCACGUGGUUUAAUAUGUGAAAUUUUAACUACUUUUAAACUUGUUAAUAGGUUGCAGUGACUGAGGAACAUUUGGGCCAAAAACAGAAAAAAAAAAAAAAAAAAAAGUCUCCUCCUUUUUAUACUUAUCUCUCUCUGUUUCUUUUAACCCAUCUUAGGAGCCCCUUGCUCCAAAUGUAUUCUUUUUCAGUGAUUAUUUAAAUCAGACAAUUUAUUUUUAAUGUUUUUACAAUGGUUAAAAGUAAGCAUUCUUUAGAGUAAACUUUGAGAAACACACCCACACAAGCGUUGGGCACCUAGUGUUUGUGUCUACGCUCUGCUUGUUCAACAGACACUGAGUGCCUGCUGUGUGUGACCUGCUGCAGUGCCGAGAUGGAUGGCAUUCAGCUUCCAUCCAGAGAAGCAGAGGAAAGUUUAGGCAAAGAAAGAGACUUGUAAAGAAUAAGCCAGCCCACAGGCAUAUUGAAGCCAUGAUUAUGAGAGAGAGAAACUCAAAAGGCUGUAGGGAUACACAGAAAGGAAGAGCUAACGUCUAUGGGAAUAUUCGGAAGGCUUCGAGGAGAAUGUGGCAUUUGAAGGAGGCCUCUUGGGAUGAGUGAUUCAUCUGCUGCUUGAAUGAAUUAGCUUUAGGACCAAGUUUUAGGUGACCAACCUGAGCUGACUGUGCCCUUGAGCAGUUACAAGAAAAAUGCCUCAUGUAUGUAUUUUCUUUAGUUGUGGCAAUACAUCUUUCUUUAAAAAAACUAGAGGUUAUGAUAAAGUUUUGAUAAAAACAACGCUUUAUUAAAAUAGCUAUAUUUAUAGAAUGUGGAGCACUUUUGAAAAGUUGCACUUAAAUUAGGAAAAACUUUAUAUUAAAAUCUCAGCAUUUUGAUUUUGAUUUAUUCAAACACUUCUUUUGAGAGCUUUAAGUAUUUUGCAAGGGGAAGGGUUAUUUGGUUAAUAAGCAAACCCCACAAUAUUUAUAAGCACAAUUAACCUUAAAUACAAAUUAUUCCUUCCAGUGCAGUGGGAAUCUUGACAUCCAUUACUAUGACCAAAUUUCAGUAUUGCAAUUUUACAUUAAACCCAAUGGUGGGUUAUAAAGAUCCUUAAGUGUAAAGAAAUAAGUAAGACUUAUUGAGUUACUUAUUAAGACUCAGCAAGUUACUAAGACAUUGAGACUUUGUGUGGUACAGAUGAAAAGGAGAGUAUAUUUUCCUACUACAUGCUCUUCUACUAAGCUUGAUGUCCCCAACUUGUAGUUUGGUUUGAUUUAAUGUAAUACCUUGUAGAAAUUUUGAAAGUAUAUGUUUGGAUGAAUAGUUAUUUUUUUAUUAUUCCAACUGAAUAUCAAAUUGAUAGUAAAAACAAAUACAUAUUGUUAGGAAGCCUUUUAGCAAAUCUAGGCUUUUAAGAUUUUAAAACCAAAAGCAUGGGUAUGUCACCAAUAAUUUUUCCUUUGAGAUGAAACCUAGUUUCCACUUAUAUCAUUACUUAAAAGGCUUAAAAAAGAAAAAAAUAAAUUAGCAAACUCUUGAAUCCCCUUUUAGUGCUCUUUAAACACACAUACACACUUAAACUGUCAGGCUUAAAUAGAAUUCUAGUCAACAGCUGUCUAUCUCUUCCUGGCCUAAAGAGCAUUUUUGAUGUAACAAAUGAAAUACGAGAACAUCUUUCUACUAUUUCUUAGUAACCAGAAUCUGAAUAUUAACAUAUAUCCAAAGUUAACAUGUAUAUAUAUUAGGAUGUAAGAGUAUCAACUUUAUAUUGAUAUAUAAAACCUUAUGACCUGGAAUCAUUAAAACAGUAUAUCUGUUAUACUGCAAAAAUUUCCUGCCAAACCGUUUGUCUAAUAUUUAAGUGUAUCCUGCUAUUUACAAUGAUGAUAUUAGCACUUUUAUAAUAAUGUUUCUCUGUAACAGAGAGCAUUAAUUGGUAGAAUUUUAAUCUCAUAUUUAUAUUCACAGUACUUUUCCUCUAUUGUCUAUUCUGCAGUCAUACCACGAAGUACCUUGUAUGAUUUUUUUAAAUAAAUGAAAAAAACAAAAGUAGCAAAUGUGAAAAGAUUUUCAAUAUGUAUUUUAGAAUUUCUGAAUGUAAAGUAUUUUCUUGAAUUAUAUGGCCAUAAGUGCUCUAGUUUACAGUUACAGAUUUGGUCUCUCUUUAAAUGUGGAAACGUAAUCUUAAAUAUUUUUAAACUGGACCUGUAUUAUCCUGAAUAUACUAUUUUGAAAUAAAAAAAAAGAUUUCUCUAAUCUAAUUGAUGGAUCAAUAUUUAAGUCAAUUCAACUAUAAUUUAAAA